AUGUCUGCCGGUCGCUUCCUUGCUUUCGUCUCGCGCGCAUGCAUCUUCUUGUUCGUGCUGCUGGUCCUCGGUAACCACCUCGCCGCCGAGCAGGACACUGCGAACUCCAUUCUCUCAAUUCGUGCUCGCAAACAGUGCACAGUGGAGCCGGGCGGCAGCAAUGCCACCGACGACGCCGUUGCCAUCCGUCGAGCCUUUGAGGAGUGCGGCCGUGGCGGCAAAGUCGUCUUCUUGAACGAGACGUACUAUGUCAACUCCGUGCUCAACACGUCCGCGCUCGAGGAUGUGGAUAUCGAGCUACACGGAACGCUUCUGUGGUCCACGGACAUCGACUACUGGCUGAACAACUCUCUGCCUAUGGGAUACCAGAACCAAACCACUGCCUGGAUCUUCGGCGGGCGGAGGGUGCGCUUUCAGGGCUUCGGAUACGGCACUUUCGACGGCAACGGGCAGGUGUGGUACGACUUUGCCGGCAGCGUGUCGAAUUAUCCCCACAGGCCGCACCAGCUCACCAUCUGGGAGACGUACGAUUCGGUUUUCGAAGGCUUGCGCUUCGUUCAGAGUCAGAUGUGGACCAUGACGGUCAAGAACUCGGAAAACGUUCUUUUGCAGGACAUCUACGUCAACAACACCAGUGAGAACGACUCUAGUGCUCGAAACACGGAUGGCGCAGACACAAUCUAUGCCAAUAACAUUACCUUCAACCGUUGGCACGUUGUCAACGGCGAUGACGGUAUCUCUACCAAAGCAAACUCCUCCAACAUUUUCAUCUACGAUACCAUCCUUGAAGACGGUCAAGGAAUAGCUAUCGGUAGCAUCGGCCAAUUCCCCGGUUGGUACGAGUAUAUCGAGAACGUUUACGCCAAAAACAUCACACUUCUUAAUACCCGAUGGGCAAUCUACCUCAAGACCUGGACCGGUGUCCAGAAAGGCUACCCACCAAAUGGCGGUGGUGGCGGCCUCGGCUACAUGCGAAACAUCACCAUGGAAUCCGUCACCCACAUCCGCACGCGCGGUCUAUUCCAAAUCACGCAAUGCACAUCCUACAACGACGAAUCCGGCGACUGCGACACCUCGCAGUUCCACAUCGGCCCGGACAUCGCCUUCCGAAACCACACGGGCACCACGACGGCGACCGUGGCGGCCGACCUGCAGUGCUCGGCCGAUGCGGGCGGCUGCGACGGCAUCGAGAUCAGCGGCAUCGACGUCGUGGUCGUCGGCGGCAGCACCAACGGGACGCUUGUUGGCGGGUAUGAGUGUAGUAACGUCUUGGAGCCGACGACGGGGUUUGUUUGUGAUGGAUGA